AUGGCCAGUCCUGCCCCAGGACAUGAGGCCCUGCCAUCUCCCCCACCAGCUUACCUCCGAUCCUCACCUCCAUUCACCGCAUCGCAAUCACCACAAUCACCACGGACCAUCCCGAACCGACCCCAGAGCUUGAUCCUCACCCGCAAACCAAUCUCUACCUCACACUCCGAAACCUCUCCCGUUAUUCAGAAUUCGCCACGCUCGCCAGUUAAAAUCGCACAUGGCGCAGACAUUCCCGAUGCCUCGAGCGCGCGCAUCGAAGGCGCAUACAGUGGGCCCACCACACCGCAAUUGGAGCUUUCCGAGUUCGCAGACAUGUCCCUCAACAGUCCCGUACAGCAGCCGCAGCAAAGCUGGAAUCCUGCCGACCCUCCACGGCGAGACCUAACACAGGCCCCGAACUACACACACUCGCAUUCGUACGGUCACACCCCAGCGAGCAGCGGCUCAUGGUCAGUGGUAGAGCCGCAGAAAGACGAUGGACACGGAAACCCGAAAAAGAGCGGCUCCUCGCUAGAGCGCGAGGGUCAGAGCUACGGCUCUUCACGGGGAAGCUUGGAUAGCGUGGCGCAGGCGUCAGACAGCUACGAGCCUGAGCCUCUGACCUAUCACCACCAGCAACAGCCGCCUGCGGCACAUACAAAGAAUCCCGCACCCAAUGCCGGAGAUAACCCAUCCGCCUCAACGGACAAGCUUGCCGUUAGACGAUCAAGGCUUUCGCGGCCUCUUUCGACAUACUCCUCGGCCUCAGACAGUGGUCAACGCCGGAAUAUCUCCGCAUCGCCGUAUCUACAUGCACGAUCCUCCUCACGGAACUCGUUCGGAACCCCCGAAAACAGGUCUUCGUCAGUACUCGAUCUACUCAAUACAUCAUACCCGCAGCCGGGCCCAGCCACGCAAUUCGACAACUCGCGUCUCCAAGCCUCAGUCGGAAACAACGCCUCUCUCCUUAGCCACAAAGAGACAUUCGAGAUGUACCUCGCAAACGUAAAGAAAACCGACGACCCAACCGUGCUCUACGAAUUCGCCGUGUUCAUGGUAAACUCAAUGCGCGAGAUGCCAGCCAUGGACCUCGAAGAGACCAGCCCGAUCACGCGCGCCCGUCUACUCCGCGAAUCAAAAUCCAUCCUCCAGCGCCUCGCAGACCGUAGCUUCCCCUUUGCACAGUACUAUCUUGGCGACGGGUACGCAUCAGGCCUGUUCAGCAAAGGCGCCGAAGACCACGACCGAUCCUUCCCGCUCUUCCUCGCAGCUAGCAAACACGGCCACGUCGAAGCCUGCUACCGCACAGCGCUUUGCUACGAAUUCGGCUGGGGAUGUCGUGUCGACGGAAGCCGCGCAGUCCAGUUCUACCGUCAGGCAGCGUCGAAAAACCACCCGGGUGCCAUGAUGCGCAUGGCCAACGCCUGUAUUGCUGGCGAUAUGGGACUGGGCAAGCGGUACCGCGAGGGUGUUAAGUGGCUGAAGCGCGCGACCGAGUCUGCAGACACGCAGUAUAACGCCGGUCCGUAUGAGCUCGGUGUGAUGCACGAGAGGGGUUUCGGAGAGGAUGUCUUCCCCGAUGCCACUUAUGCAGCGCAGCUAUUUACUAAAUCCGCUGAGCUGGGCCAUGUUGAGGCUUGCUAUCGUCUCGGCGAUGCGUACGAGCAUGGGAGAUUGAAUUGUCCACGCGACCCGGCGCUCAGUAUUCAUUUCUACACCGGUGCCGCGCAGAAUGGGCAUGCGGUGGCGAUGAUGGCGCUUUGUGCGUGGUAUCUCGUUGGUGCGGAGCCUGUCCUCGAGAAGGAUGAGAGCGAGGCGUAUGAGUGGGCUCUCCGGGCUGCGAAUCUCGGCCUCGCGAAGGCUCAGUAUGCUGUCGGCUACUUUACUGAAAUGGGUAUUGGCUGUCGUCGUGAUCCUCUCGAGUCGAAUGUGUGGUAUGUCAAGGCGGCAGACCAGGGGGAUGAACGAGCUAAGCAUCGCAUUGCUACAAUCCGAGCUGCGGCAGAAGGUUCAUAUGCAGGCGUGGGUGGUCGCAAUGGAGCGACCCGCAACGGAGGCCGACUCAAGAAAGCCGAGCGCAAGGAUAAGAACCCAAGUAAUGGCCAGGGUGAGUGA